AUGCUCGUCUUGGUCUUCGACGCGGAGGUGCAUAUAGAUGUGAGGUUGCUUGAGUCACUUCGAGACCUGUGCAGCCGCAGUUCCGGCGACGGGCUCUCACUGGCGGAGCUCCACCCGCUGAUAGUGCCACAAUAUGCCCAGGUCAUGGAGCAAGAGGAUGAGUACCGCUUUGUCUACUACAACCACACGAACCAUGCGCUGCGGCUUUCCAACCAGGCCAACAUCUCGAGGUCUCUGCUUGGCGGGAGCCGUGUGUCCAGUGCCGGGCCAAAGCCUGCUGAGAGGGCCUUCCUUGCACCCUUGAGAGCAACUCUGGCAGAUCCAAAGAUGAAGUGCCGAGAGGUAUCCUGGAAAUCCGCUGACCGCGGCUGGGUUUGUGCGAAGAGGUGGUGCGCGCGUGAGUUCUACUUGCUCCUGGAUGGAACCAGCACAUCCCUGUCGCGAUGUCAGGACGAGUGCGCGAGGUUCGCAUCGAUUCACUUCAGCAACAUCUUCAUGAUGUAG